AGCAGCCACCCUGGAUUCACGUGACUUCUUGUUAGUGCUGGGGAAAACCGAAAGUUAAAAUUAAAAAAAAUCUUGGUGGUGUCAGUGAAGGUGACACGGCAGCCAGUUCAUUUGCCAGAGUGUAGACGGAGAAGACAUUUGUCGACGGAGCACAGAGGAGCUGAUCUAAAACAAAAUGACUACAGAGGAGAAAAGAUACGACCCCAAAGACACGACUCUGAAGUUUGUCAACAGACCAGAUGAUCUGGAUCCACUACCCCCAGAGGAGGGAGACAAGAAUCUCCGAGCAGAGAUGUCCUGCGGUCAUGCUGUCACCCCAGAGUCUCUCACUGGGUGGUGUCGCAGCCUGCUGGAUCAGGGCCAGUACAAAUUUAAGUGCCCUGCUUUAAAGGACGGCACCCUGCAGAAGUGUGAUACAGAGUGGUCUUACCAAGAGGUGCGCAGGCUGGCAGUGCUGACAGCUGAAGAGAUGCAGUACUUUGAAGAGAACAUCGCCCGCCUUGCUGCCACAGAAUACUGUGACUUCAAAACAUGUCCUGGUUGCAAAACCUGUGUGGAAAGAGAAGACCAGAGUAACCUCAGCGUGCAGUGCACAGUCUGCACAGCAGACAAGGGGAAAGUUUACCAGUUCUGCUGGCAAUGUUUCAAGGUGUGGAAAGGUGCAGCUCCACGCUCUGACCGCUGCGACAACGACGGCUGCAUCAACCACGACCUCGAGCUGCUCAAGAACUGUAAGACCACCGCCCUCCCUCAGGUGGAGGGGGUCGACGCAUGUCCCUCCAUCCGGGCCUGUCCCACCUGUGGUCAGAGAGUGGAGCAUGACAAAACGGGCUGUAAGAACAUAAUCUGUCCUCGCUGUCAGGUCGAGUUCUGCUUCGUGUGCCUGAAACUCACUCCAGAGUGCCUGAAGACGAGCUCUUACUUCAUCCCCUGCAGUGAUGGUGUGGCUCCCAGACAAACCUCCAUACCUGUGUGGCGCAGAAACUAAGAGUUUGCACACAUUCACUACUCUUGAUGUAGCUUACUGCCUUCUUCUGUCACACUGUUCUGUUGUUUUAAUGUUCUAUUUUAAGAUUGUCUUUGCAACUGAAGCCAUUUGUUCAUUCCAUAGUGAGCAUUAAAAUAUCUGCUGCAUAUUAUCAUAAUGUUGUAUAAUGCAUUGCUUGUAACGUUGCCACUGAAGGUGUUGACUGUUCAUAGUACAUCAUUAAUAACUGCAUCACUUAAUAAAGUUUCUCUUCACAUUAA